AUGGCAAAUCGUUUAUCAUGGAUUAUAUUUAUUUUAAUGUCUAUUCAAGUGGUUCAAACACUAUCUGCCUUUUCUGAUGUACCACCUCCGCCAGUUCGACCGGAACGGUUUAAUUCUCGUGAAGAACUCAAACGGUAUUUACAACUUGUACAUGAAUAUUAUGCGAUCAUAGGUCGACCACGUUUUGGUCGUUCUCUAUUUCAACCACGAACAAGUCUAGAUGAUCAACGUCUAUUUAAUUUUUUCGAUAUAAAUGGUGAUCAAUCAAUAACAUUCGAUGAAUUUGAAAAACGAUUCGAAAUUGACUAG